ACAUUUUUAUACUUCCUCCAAUAAGCUCUUGCAUAGCAUGAAAAAUAGAUAUUGCUGAUACACCUUAAAUCAUAUCUAGAGAUUUGAUUCGCUGUCAUCUAAAAAGAUUACCUAAUCUAUUCUGUUAUCUGGAGUGUAAGUUAGUUAAACAUUAUCGCUAAAUUAGUGUUAUUUCUAUCCUUAUACCUCCUUAUAGAUUACCAAAUGUAACAUUUUAUGCUUAUAUUAAACCCUAAACAUUUUCUGUGCUGUCCCUAACACACACGCCCAUCCCAGUGUAUCAUCGUAAAUUUUAAAAAUAAAAAAACUUAAAUUUAUAGUUAAAAGUGUUUCUCUUUGCACUUAGUUUUAAGUGUUGAUUUUUUUUUAAAAGAGUUGUUGUCACAGCAAAUAUUAACAGCGCCUGAUCGAUUUUAUUGUUAAUUCGUCUAUCGUAUCGUCAUAACAUUCGUGUACUUUAAGAGACUACUCAUUUUAUACAGAAUAAGGCAAUAUCAUAAUGCAAGAGCAACAAAAUCCAUCCUAUACCACUGAAGGACAGCAACAGUCUCAGCCUCCGCCAUACGAAUUGAAAGCGCUCUCUAAACGGUCGUCAUUGCUUGUUAAAAUGACGGAGAGAACGCUUGAUAUUGAGGAUAAUAUUGAAUUGCCUCAUAAUUCUAACAAUUCAACAGGCAUCCAACAGCAACCCCAGCAAUACGGCCAACCUCAGCAGUACGGUCAACCACAGGGCCAGCCACCAAAUCAACCUCAGUAUGGGGUAGGUCAACCCCAGUAUGGUCAGCCUCAAUACGGACAACCUCAAUACGGACAACCAGGACCUCAGGGAUACGCAGGGGGUCCACCUCCUCAACAAAUGCAGCCCUACGCUGGAGGGCCAGGACAACCUCAACAAGCAACUUGGAUGACUAAGCCAGUGUUUAGUGGCUGUCCACCAGGCUUGGAAUAUCUAACUCAAAUAGAUCAGAUCCUAGUCCAUCAGCAAAUUGAGUUAUUGGAAGUUGUCACCAGUUUCGAAACCCAGAAUAGAUAUGUUAUCAAGAAUUCCAUGGGCCAACAAGUGUACUUUGCUUCUGAAGAGUCUGAUGUUUGCAUGAGACAAUGUUGUGGUCCGCAAAGAGGCUUUGCAAUGCAUAUUUCUGAUAAUGCUGGACAAGAAGUUAUCCGCGUACAAAGGCCUUUUAAAUGCUGUGCAGGAACAGCUUGUUGCGCUUGUUGCGAUCCCUGUGCACAGGAAUGCGAAAUUCAAGCACCGCCUGGCCAAACAAUCGGCUAUGUGAAACAGUCGUGGAGUUGUUUGGCGCCAAAAUUUGAAGUUUUGAACGAAAAUCAGGAAACGAUAUUUACCCUUAGUGGGCCGAUAUGCUUUUGUCAAGGUAACGUUAAAUUGAUUCUUAUUUUUAAAGUGUAUUUAAAUACUGUGUUUUCUUAACCUAUUCAUGUAGGACCUUGUUGUAUGUGGGAUAUCGAAUUUAUUUUGGCCUCACCUGAUGGAGCAGAACAAGGUAAAAUUUCAAAACAAUGGAGUGGAUUAGUAAAAGAAUACUUUACAAACGCGGAUAACUUUGGCAUUAAUUUUCCAAUGGAUUUAGAUGUUAAAAUGAAAGCAGUUCUCUUAGGAUCCGUUUUCCUAAUUGACUUUAUGUUCUUCGAACAACAACAACAAAACAAGCAGUAACUUUGGUGACUUGAAAAUUUAUUUUGGAUAUUUAUCAUUUAUGUUUUUCCUUCUUUUUUCCAUUCUUUUUUUUAACUUUUAACUAAUACUUAUCAAUCUCUUUUAUGCAAACUUUACAAAUGUUUUGAUGAGAUCUGUAUUUUUUUUUUCUUAUAUCUUUUUUAAAUAUGUAUUAUCAGCCUUACAGAUUAAGAAGGGGCUUUACUGCAUGUAUUCUAUAUGACGAAGAGGGAUUAUUAAUAAGAAGUGAAUUUCUCACAUUUUUUUUUU